CGAUCCUCCUGGAUACUGGGAAACCCAUCAAAGCCCUCGCUGAUGGGGUCAAGCUCUGCUCCUCCCAGUUCCUCAAUUGCUCUUGUGUUUCCUCUUAUUCGCUCAAUUUACUGGGAAGAGGAAGGCCUUGGCACCGCCAAGCGCUGACACAAAAACCUUGCUACAACACAGCCUCGUUGGCUGCCCUCAUUAACCUCCUCCAUCCAGGUUGACCUCGCAGACUCGCAGAUAUACAAUUCAACAAGAUAUGGCAUACCAACCUCCAAACCAAGGGUACAACCCUUACGGUGCGCCGCCAGCGCCGCCACCAGGACAUCCCCCGCAACCUUAUGGAGGAUAUCCUCCUCAACAGCCAGCGUAUGGCGCUCCCCCAAAUCAAUACCCGCCUCAACAGCCACCUUACGGUGCUCCUCCAAACCAAUACCCUCCACAGCAAUACGGAGCACCUAGUCCUCACCCAGGAUAUGGAGCUCCUCCUCCGCAACAAUACCCUUCAGCACAACCGCCAUAUGGUGCACCUCCACAGCAGUAUCCUCCUCAACAGGGCUACCCGUCACAGCAGCAACCAUACGGCGCGCCACCUCCACAACCAGCAUACGGCGCUCCACGGCCCCAGCAGUACCCUCCUCAGCAAGGCGGCUAUCCAUCACAACCCUACGGUGCGCCGCCCGCACAAAAUUAUCCACCUACCCCACCAUCUCUAGGCUAUGGCCCCGCACAGCAUAUUCCAUGGGACGGUGUUGCCGAUGCCGAAGCCUUACGAAAGGCCAUGAAAGGCUUUGGGACCGACGAGAAGGCACUCGUCAGACACCUGGCGGACAAAGAUCCCCUCCAAAUCAACGUGUUGCGCGAAGUAUACCAUCAGCGCUUCAAGCGACACCUCUUGAACGAUGUGCAGAGUGAGACAAGUAGUUGGUUCAUGGAGGGGUUAUGUGCCAUCAUCCGUGGACCAUUGCUACAGGACGUCGUGGCACUGCACAGUGCUAUAUCUGGGCCUGGAACCAAAGAGAAAAUCCUCAAUGAUAUCUUGCUUGGGCGCUCGAAUGCCGAUAUGCGCGCGAUCAAAGACUUGUACCACAAGACCUACCACAAAUCCCUCGAAUCGGAUAUCAGAGGAGACCUAUCCAUGAAGACAGAACGGCAUUUCAUGAUGGUCUUAGCGGCGAAUAGGAAUGAGGAAUCUACGCCAGUGAUUCCGCAGCAGAUCGACCAGGAUGUUAUGGAAUUGUAUAAGGCGACGGAGGGCAAGACAGGCACGGAUGAGUUACUAGUCUGUAGCAUUCUUACCCAGAGAAGUGAUGCGCAGAUCGGCGCUAUCGCCUAUACAUACAAACAGAAGUUUACUCGCGACCUCGAGACCGUUAUCAAAAAGGAAUUCUCUGGACACAUGGAACUCGCGCUCCUGCACCAAUUGCGCACCGGUACUGACAAGGCGAUGCGCGACGCGCUCCUCCUCGAAGACGCCAUGGAUGGCAUGGGCACCAAAGACCAUCUGCUGGUCCAGCGAGUGGUGCGCGUGCACUGGGAUCGCAACCAUAUGCAGCAGGUUAAAGGGGCCUACCAGCAUCGUUUCCACAAAAGCCUUGUGUCCCGUAUAAAGGGGGAGACGAGCGGCGACUACGAAAGAUUGAUGUGUGCGUGCUUGGGUGAGUAACUUGGUUGAGUAACUUGGGUUUUGGAUGGGGCUGGGGCGGUACGGAAAGGGGAAUUUGGGAUAGGGAUGGAAAGGAGGGGCGGUCUUUGUG